AUGGAGAGAGGAAGGGGAAGUAGGGUGUCGCGUGGGAUGCUUCCACUGCUGGCUCUGCACGCUGUGAGUGAGUAUUGCAGGCUUGACAGAAAACCGCCGGUUACGGCCGGACUUCUUGCUGCUAACACUCUGAUUUAUUUGAGGCCCAGUUUUCUCGAAUCUAUUCUCCCUACCUUGGAUGAGGUUUGGUUCAAUCCCCACCUAAUCCUCAAGACCAAGCUCUUGGAUUUUGAUUUAAAGCAACUCCAGGAAUCUGUGGCUAGGAUUCAAAUUGCUGAAUUCCCUGCAAGAUGCAUGUUAUUUCAAUAUUCCACCUUCUGUCAUACCGCUAGGCCUCGUCAAUUAGAACAGGACGUGAUGAAAGAGUUCAAAUGA